UAUGACGGAAGGUUUCCUGCGAGCAACACGUGGAAUAUGGAUAACGCUCCAAUGAACAGCUAGCCUAUGUUCCUUUCCUUUCAUUUCAAAUUAUUUUCAUGAAAACUGCAUGAAGUGAGGACAUAACUGACUGACCUAUCAUUGCAUUCCUUGUACAGUGAGGGACAGCGUGGGGAUGGAGUAUCUACCCGACCGUAACUCCAGGUAUAAAGACGUGGACUACUGGGAUGAGAGGUACAAGACAGAGAAGUCGUUUGAAUGGUUCGGAGACUUCUCCAAGUUCCAGCAUCUACUUCAGCGUCACGUCAUGAAGGACGAUGCCAUCCUUGUGCUUGGUGUCUCCCAUCUUCCCCACCUGUCCUUGUCUCCACCCCCUCCAGGUGUCUCCCAUCUUCCCCACCUGUCCUUGUCUCCACCCCCUCCAGGUGUCUCCCAUCUUCCCCACCUGUCCUUGUCUCCACCCCCUCCAGGUGUCUCCCAUCUUCCCCACCUGUCCUUGUCUCCACCCCCUCCAGGUGUCUCCCAUCUUCCCCACCUGUCCUUGUCUCCACCCCCUCCAGGUGUCUCCCAUCUUCCCCACCUGUCCUUGUCUCCACCCCCUCCAGGUGUCUCCCAUCUUCCCCACUUGUCCUUGUCUCCACCCCCUCCAGGUGUCUCCCAUCUUCCCCACCUGUCCUUGUCUCCACCCCCUCCAGGUGUCUCCCAUCUUCCCCACCUGUCCUUGUCUCCACCCCCUCCAGGUGUCUCCCAUCUUCCCCACCUGUCCUUGUCUCCACCCCCUCCAGGUGUCUCCCAUCUUCCCCACUUGUCCUUGUCUCCACCCCCUCCAGGUGUCUCCCAUCUUCCCCACCUGUCCUUGUCUACAACCCCUCCAGGUGUCCCCCAACUUCCCCACUUGUCCUCUGGGUAUUUAAACCUGUGUUUUCUGUCUGUCUGUUACCAGUUUGUUUUGUUGUUUCAAGUCGACCAGUGUGUUGUCUUAGUUCCUGGUUUUUCCCAGUCUCUCUUUUUCUCGUCCUCCUGGUUUUUGACCCUUGACUGUCCUGACCCUGUACCUGCCCGCCUGACCACUCUGCCUGUUCCUGACAUUGAGCCUGCCUGCCGUCCUGUACCUUGACCUCUACUCUGGAUUUUUGACCCCUGCCUGCCUUGACCUGUCGUUUGCCUGCCUCUGUUGUUACAAUUAACAUUGUUACUUCACACAGUCUACACUUGGGUCUUACCUUGUUGCCUGAUACUUCUAUCCUUACAAACAACAGUCACGUCAAGUAAUCUAUGCUUUAA